CUUCACACGCACACUCUUGUCUCUCUUUCUUUCACUUCCGUCGAGCUCAUUACAAUCACAGCCUGUGAUCAGUCCGAGCUGACAACCCGCCGCGAAAGGACCCGACCGCCGUCGUCUCGCCGUCCGGACUUUUUCGCGACAACCAAGUUCGGGUCUUUGCUUGAUGAUGGCAGCUACUGCAAUAUCGCCCCAUAUUCCAGCCAACAUUAAAUCGUCAUCUUUAAAAUAUCCGUGGUCAGGAGUUGCAGUUGUUGGCCUUGCAGGAUGCUUUCAUACAGCUGCCUAUGCAUUUGGCCAGAAACUUUGUUCCCAGUUCUACUCCUUCCAUGUAACCCGGCCUUCAUUGGUGAAUGAUUUCAAAAAGAUGACCUGGUCCAUUCGGAGUAGUGCGGAUGGCAGAGGAUUGGAUUUCGAUCCUUCUGCAGACAGCACAAAUGGCACGACCCGAUUGAUAAGGGCAAUUCGAGACUUUCAAAAUAAACUUGGUGCCAAAGUCCAAGAGAUCAGGAAAAAUUUCCCUAUGAAGUUGUUCUUUUUCUUGGUGGGCUUUUACUGUGCAACAGCCUUCGCAACUGUCAUCGGGCAAACAGGGGACUGGGACAUUCUAUCUGCUGCCUUAGCUGUAGUGGUUGUCGAGGGAAUUGGAGCUCUUAUGUACAGGGCUUCUCUUCCUGUAUUCAGCCGUGCUCGAAGCCUUAUUUCCAUGUUUAAUUACUGGAAAGCUGGGCUUUCCCUUGGCCUCUUCUUGGAUUCGUUUAAGUACUGAAAGGACGACGCAAUUGGGUUCCACGCGGCCCUUCAUAUUACAUAUGGAUCUGGUUCUUGAGUUCCAGUUGCGGAGAUGCAAAGAUUUCUGCUAGCCGGAUGCAUGAGGCACCAGAGCAGGUUGGGAAGUAUAUUCAUUCAGAGCAAUUCACCUCUUGAAUGACGUUCUUCCAAACGAGAAACUGAGAGAACAAGAACUUUAAAUUGGCUGGCAAAAAAGUCCAGAGAGUUUUAGCUUUACGUUGGAGAAUAGAAGAGCAUGCAAUUUGACUUGAAUCACCAUUCCCCAGCAGAUUCUAGGUGGAUUGAAUCUCCUGGUGGUGGGUGCCUCCCGAAUCUCUCUGAAAUGAAGAAAUUCGCUUUUUCAAGUGUUCGAGGAUGGAAAUAACCACCUCGCGAUUAUUUUGCAGCUGGGGCUUCAUACAUGAAAAGUGAGGAAUUUUUUACUGAAAUGGCUGUGGUUAUCUAACUUUGUUACUGAAUACUGAUCACGUGUUUCCAGUUCAUAUUCCCCAUACUGAAACAUCCUGAUAUAGUUACUAAACCUUUCCUAUUGCUUUCUCACAGCAAAUGUAGAGGCUGAAAGAGAUGACAAUUGCACUGAUGAAGUAUUGUUUUUUUAUUUUU